AUGGCACUAUAUGCUAGAAUCAUUAUCAUGUUUCUGAUUGGGCUUGAGAUGGAUUUUCCUUAUAUAAAGCGUAACUUGCGUGUUGCGAGCAUUAUUGCUGGAGGAAGCAGCUUUGUUUGUACAAUCUUUGCCAUAGCUGUUACCUCCUUUAUAUACGAAGAGACUGGAGCGCAUGGUUCCGCAGUCAUGAUGGCCUUAACAGUAGCCGUGAUAUUAGCUAACACAGCAUCCCCUAUUGUGGUUCGUUUGGCUGCUGAACUCAAGUUUGCUAGUUCAGAUAUUGGGCGGCUGGCCAUAUCUUCCUCAUUGAUUGGUGAUGUCUAUGCUGUAUUUUUGUUGAUCAUAAUUUCAAGAAACAAACAUAAAUACGACUUCUUCUUAUGGAUCAUGUUGGGCAUUGUCUAUUUCCUUAUUGUUGUAGCAGUAAUAGUUCUCAAUAUAUAUGUAGCCAAUUGGCUGAACCGGAGGAAUAGGAAUCAGAAAUAUCUCAAAAACACUGAAAUAUUUGGUCUUUUGGCAAUUGUUAUUGUUGCUGCUACAGCACUUGAAACUAUGGGUUUCAGCAGCAUAAUAGCCUGUUUAAUCAUUGGAUCAAUGUUUCCUAGAGGAGGCAAAGCUGCUCGGACGCUCUUGAUCAAACUCUCAUACUCGGUUAACAACUUCAUACUCCCAAUCUACUUUGGCUACUCUGGAUUUAGGGCAGAUGUCACUUUUAUAAACAGUUUCCGUAACUUCGCCGUAGUUGUCAUAGUUAUCUUAUUGAGCAUUGGUGGAAAAAUUACUGGCACACUUGCUGCUUGUGUUCACCUAAAGAUUCCACUAAAUGAGGGGGUUCUUCUUGCUUUCUUAAUGAACUUGAAGGGCCAUGUUGACUUGCUGACUUUGACCAUUGGCUUAGAGAAUAAAGUCAUGUCCAGCAACACAUUCUAUAAUUUGAUGUUGGCAGCAGUAGUAAUCAAUUCUUUGAUUUGGGGGCCUCUAAUAGCUUUCAUGGUAAAAAGAGAAAGUGAUAUCUUUGGUUAUAGGCAUAUAGCUUUUGAAUCACAAAAUCCAGAGAGUGAGUUGCGACUAAUAACAUGUGUGCAUGGCCCACGAUCUGUGGCAACCAUGGUAGGACUGAUUGCAGCAUCUAAGGGGCCUGAAAAUGUUUCUGUUAGUCCAUAUUUGAUGCACCUUAUCGAGCUCCCUGAGAAAAGCAAAACAAAUUUAAUGUAUCAUCAAAAAGAAGAAGACGAAAUUAGUGAUGAUGAUGAUUAUGGAGGUAAUGAUGUGGUGGAAAUCAAUGAGGCAGUGGAUAUCUUUGGUGCUGAAUCUGGAUUGAUGAUUCAUCAAGUCAAAGUCGUUUCUCCCUAUGCAACCAUGUAUGCAGAUGUAUGCGACUAUGCUAAUGAGAUAAGAGCUUCUAUUAUUAUCCUUCCUUUCCACAAACACCAGAGAAUUGAUGGAAAGCUGGAAAGUGGCAAGGAGGGUAUAAGGGUUACUAAUCAAAAAGUGCUUCGACAUGCCUCAUGUUCGGUUGCCAUUCUCAUUGACCGUGGACUCACAGCUGGUGGCUCCCAUACAUCUAGUUCUGAAUCAUUGCACCAUGUUGCUACUAUAUUUUUUGGUGGACCAGAUGAUCGUGAGGCGUUGGGAUUCAGUAGAAGACUUGGAAUGCACCAUCACGUAAACCUCACAAUUAUUAGGUUCCUCCAUACAUCUGAAAGAAGGCAAACUAUGGGGGUCAAUAUUGCCCAGAACAAAGAGGAUGUUUUGAUGGCAAUAUCAGAUCACGAGACAGAAAGCAACAUAGACAGUGCUGUCCUGACUGAUUUCUACAAUAGGCAUGUAACGACUGGUCAAGUGGGAUACGUAGAGAAGCAUGUGGAAAAUGGUGCCGAUACAGCAUCUGCCCUGAGGGACAUGGCGGACAUGUAUUCAAUGUUUAUUGUUGGAAAGGGUGGUCGAGAUCACUCAAUUUUAACAACAGGUAUGAGUGAUUGGGAAGAAUGCCCUGAGCUAGGUAAGGUAGGGGAUCUGUUAGCAUCUUCAGACUAUAAUGUUAGUGGUUCAGUUUUAGUCAUCCAACAACAUAGAUCUUCAAAGAAUGACAAUCAACAAUAG